AUGUCCUUCCGAACCCGUGCUUCCUCCUGGCCUCGUCUUCUGGUCAACCGGAACCCUAGAUCCUACAUUUCUCGUCAAAUCUGCACUAUCGAUGCCGCAGUAUCAGCAUUUCCCAGAAGAAUCUACGGUCCGUUCUUCCCCGUAAAUCAAACCCCAUGGAUCGCAUCUCAGAGAAACCCGUUCUCCUCCGCGAGCACAAUGUCACCUGGUGAAGCCGAUAGAGUAAUUCGAGAUCUUUUAGCGGACGUUGAGAAGGAUAGGCAGCGUGAGAGAGAAGAGAGGCAGAGACAAGGACUGGAUUGCAAAGACAUUGACGACGAAGAGAAUGAGGACUAUUUGGGGAUUGAGCCAUUUAUCGAGAAGCUUAAGAAGCAGAAUUUGAAAGACGAUGCUGAAUUAAACCGGCGUGAGGAGUCUUCUGAUUCGGAUAGUGAACUCGACGAGGUUGAUUGGGAUGAAGAACGCAAGAAAGAUGACAUCUUCAAUAAGAAGUUUAAGAGGCAUAAGGAGCUGCUUCAAACCCUUGUAGAGUCAGAGACACUCGAUGAGGCCUUUAAGUGGAUGAACAAACUAGACAAAUUUGAAGAGAAACAUUUCAAACUUCGACCUGAAUACAGAGUUAUUGGUGAGCUGAUGAAUCGUUUGAAGGUAGCUGAAGGGAAAGACAAGUUUGUUCUCCAGCAGAAGAUAAACAGAGCUAUGAGGUUGGUUGAGUGGAAAGAGGCUUUUGAUCCUAAUAAUCCAGCCAAUUAUGGAGUUAUCGAACGUGACAAUGUUCAAAGUGGAAAUGCUGGAGAAGAAAAAGAAGAGCGUCUUGUAGCAGAUGGGUCUAAGGACGAUAAUGAUGAUAAUGAUGACGAAGAGGAGUUUGAUGACAUGAAAGAAAGGGAUGAUAUUCUGUUGGAGAAGCUUAAUGCAAUCGACAAGAAACUUGAGAAUAAGCUUUCUGAGCUUGAUCAUACCUUCGGGAAGAAGGGGAAGCGGCUGGAAGAGGAGAUUAGAGAUCUGGCUGAAGAGAGAAAUGCUUUGACAGAGAAGAAAAGACAACCUUUAUACAGAAAAGGAUAUGAUGUUCAUGUGAUAGAUGUAAAGAAGGUUGCUAAGGUUACAAAGGGUGGCAGAGUUGAACGGUACACCGCAUUGAUGGUUUGCGGUAACUACAAAGGUGUCAUUGGAUAUGCAAAAGCAAAAGCUGAGACUGGCCAAUCUGCAAUGCAGAAGGCGUAUGAGAAAUGCUUUCAGAAUCUUCAUUACGUAGAGCGUCAUGAAGAGCACACCAUUGCACACGCAAUACAGACUUCUUACAAGAAAACGAAGUUAUAUCUAUGGCCUGCGCCAACAACGACGGGAAUGAAAGCCGGGAGAGUUGUCAAAACAAUCUUGCUCUUAGCAGGGUUCAAGAACAUCAAAUCAAAGGUGAUUGGUUCCAGGAAUUCAUACAACACGGUGAAGGCAGUUUUGAAGGCCUUGAAUGCGGUCGAAACGCCAAAAGAUGUUCAGGAGAAAUUUGGCCGGACAGUUGUCGAGAAAUAUCUACUGUGA